AUGAUUAUUAACAGACUUCUUUUUAUUCUAAGUAUUCUUUGUGCCUGUUUUAGAAGAAUUAAUGCCCUUAGCUUGACGGGUAACAAAACAUUGAUUAUCUAUGAUAGUGACUCUAUUGAAAAACUAUAUGGUACUGAUAAUUCAAGUGUCCAUAUGAAUAAAGGAGUAACUUCAAUGAAUGACGAUGAAAAUGAAUUAUUUAAAAAUAACUUUAAGAAAUUUAUGUUACUUCUAGAAUCGAACGGAUACAAUUAUACAUUAUAUGAUAUUCAAAGCUCAAAUAAUAGGAAUAGUAACGAUAUUCAAUUGACUAAAGUGGACAAUUCAUUAUAUGAUAACGUUAUCAUUUUUCCUAUUUUGAAAGCAUCUUUGAAGAAAGGUUCUUCUGCAUCCGAAAAUAAAUCCAUAUUAUCCUCAAAGAAUUUAUUAUCCUUUUUCAAUAAUUAUAAUGGAAAUUUGAUGAUUAUUACAUCUCCUCAUAUAAACAAUGCAGAUUCCCUUAUAAAUUUAUUAAAUGAAUUUGGUAUAUUUCCUUCACCAAAGAAUCAAAUCGUAAAAGAUUUAUUCCAGAACAAAGAUACAUUAUUGGUUUCAUCAUCAAACCUAUUAAACAAAUAUGUUUAUAGCGUAGAUAAUGAUACGGUAUACUUCAAUCUAGGAGAAUCAUCUGUAGCCAGAUUAGACAACCGAGAACAACUAGUUCCUAUUCUUAAAUCUUCAAAGACAUCAUUUAUAGACACAACCCAAGACAAAAACUUUGAACCUUGGGUUACUGGUUCUCAAGGCUACCUAAUAACCGGUUUCCAAGGUGUUAAUAACAAUGCUAGGCUAGUUUGGGUUGGAUCAACUAAUUUAAUAGAUGAAUCUGCCCAUGACAUUAACAAGAAUUUGGUUGAAAAUUUAGUAAAUUGGAAUUUUAAUGCUAAGUCAGUUAUUAAAACUUUAAAAUCAAGACAUUAUCAUGCUAACACAAAAUUAACUUAUGAUGAAUUAAACUACAAAAUCAACGAUGUAAUUAGAUACGAAAUUGAUAUCACUGAAUGGGAUGGUUCUCAAUGGAUCCCAUUCACUGCUGAAGAUAUUCAAUUUGAAUUGAGACAAGUGGAUCCUUAUUAUCGUAUCAAUCUAACUCGUAUCUUAGAUAAUGAAACUAAUAAUAACACGUUUGCUAGAUAUACUACAAAUAAUUUUAAAUUACCAAACCGUCAUGGGAUGUUUAAAUUUCUCACUGAAUAUAAAAGAAACGGAUUAUCUACCAUUAAAGACGAGGAUAUCAAAGCUAUUAGACAUCUUGCAUAUGAUGAAUAUCCAAGAUCUUGGGAAAUUACCAAUUCUUGGGUUUACUUAACCGCAAAUAUUGUUGUUAUUUCUUUAUUUAUCACAUUUGUCAUCUUAUUUUUGACCAAUACAAAUGUCACCACAGUGAAAAAGAACAACUAA